AUGGUAUCAAGAUCUUACUCCAACCUCUUGGAUCUUGCUUCCGGCAACUUCCAUUCCUUUUCCAGAGAAAAGAAGAGAUUCCCAAGAGUAGCAACCGUCACAGGUGUCUUAUCAGAGCUAGAAGAUGACAACAACAGCAACAGCGUCUGCUCCGACGCUCCUUCCUCCAUCACGCAGGACCGAAUCAUCAUCGUUGCAAACCAGCUUCCUCUCAAAUCCCAUCGCAACUCCUCCGGCAAACUCAGCUUUACCUGGGACAACGACUCCCUCCUCUUGCAGCUCAAAGACGGUAUGCGAGAAGACAUGGAAGUCGUCUACAUUGGUUGCCUCCAAGAACAGAUCGAACCACUCGAUCAAGAAGAUGUCUCUCUAAGACUUCUUGAGAAUUUCAAAUGCGUUCCUGCUUACAUCCCACCUGAGCUGUUCACAAAGUACUACCAUGGCUUCUGCAAGCAGCAUCUAUGGCCUUUGUUUCACUACAUGCUUCCCUUAACACCUGAUCUUGGAGGUAGAUUCGACCGUUCUUUAUGGCAAGCUUACCUCUCCGUUAACAAGAUCUUUGCUGAUAAAGUCAUGGAAGUGAUUAGUCCUGAUGAUGAUUUCGUUUGGGUUCAUGAUUACCACUUGAUGGUUCUGCCUACUUUCUUGAGGAAGAGGUUCAACAGAGUAAAGCUUGGCUUCUUCCUUCACAGCCCCUUCCCUUCUUCCGAGAUUUACCGAACUCUUCCGGUUCGAAACGAGCUCUUACGAGCACUCCUGAACGCAGACUUGAUUGGGUUUCAUACUUUUGACUAUGCAAGACACUUCCUCUCUUGCUGCAGCAGGAUGCUUGGUUUGUCUUAUCAGUCCAAAAGAGGAACCAUAGGGCUUGAGUACUAUGGUCGAACGGUUAGUAUCAAGAUCCUUCCUGUAGGGAUUCAUAUAAGCCAGCUUCAGUCAAUCUUGAACCUCCCUGAGACUCAGACCAAAGUUGCUGAGCUGAGAGAUCAGUUCUUGGAUCAGAAGGUUCUUCUUGGUGUUGAUGACAUGGACAUCUUCAAAGGAAUCAGCCUCAAGCUCUUGGCAAUGGAGCAGCUUCUCCAGCAACAUCCGGAGAAGAGAGGGAGAGUUGUGCUUGUGCAGAUUGCAAACCCUGCAAGAGGCCGUGGCAAAGACGUUCAGGAGGUUCAGUGUGAAACCGAAGCCACGGUUAAACGGAUCAACGAGAUGUUUGGACGGCCAGGUUAUAGCCCUGUGGUUCUGAUUGAUAAACCGCUUCAGUUCUUUGAGAGGAUCGCUUACUAUGUGAUUGCAGAGUGUUGUCUUGUCACAGCUGUGAGAGAUGGUAUGAAUCUUAUACCUUAUGAGUACAUAAUCUGCAGACAAGGCAAUGCGAAGCUCAACGAGACUAUAGGCCUUGACCCUUUAGCUGCCAAGAAGAGUAUGCUUGUUGUCUCUGAGUUUAUAGGAUGCUCUCCUUCUUUAAGCGGUGCCAUUAGAGUGAAUCCUUGGAACAUUGAUGCAGUGACUGAGGCAAUGGACUAUGCGUUGAUAGCUUCAGAGGCAGAGAAGCAGAUGCGUCACGAGAAGCAUCACAAGUAUGUGAGCACGCAUGAUGUUGCGUAUUGGGCUCGCAGCUUUAUUCAAGAUCUUGAGAGAGCUUGUGGGGAUCAUGUGAGGAAGAGGUGUUGGGGGAUAGGUUUCGGGUUAGGGUUUAGAGUCGUGGCGCUUGAUCCGAGUUUUAAAAAGCUUUCGACUGAGCACAUUGUCUCGGCUUAUAAGAGGACCAAGAACCGAGCCAUUCUUUUGGAUUAUGAUGGCACAAUGGUGCAGCCAGGGUCCAUUAGGACGACACCAAGCCAAGAAACAAUCAAAACCUUGAACAGUCUCUCUAGUGAUCCCAAGAAUAUUGUGUUUCUCGUCAGCGGGAAAGACAGAAAGACGUUAACAGAAUGGUUCUCUUCUUGUGAUGAUCUUGGUUUGGCUGCAGAGCAUGGAUACUUUAUAAGGCCAAACGAUGGAACAGAGUGGGAGACAUCAAGUUUAGCAUCAGGUUUUGAGUGGAAACAAAUAGCAGAGCCAGUGAUGAGACUCUACACUGAGACAACAGAUGGAUCAACUAUAGAGACUAAAGAGACGGCUCUCGUUUGGAACUACCAAUUCGCAGAUCCUGAUUUUGGAUCUUGUCAAGCCAAAGAGCUUAUGGAACACCUCGAAAGCGUGCUCGCGAAUGAUCCAGUCUCUGUCAAGACAGGACAACAGCUAGUUGAAGUUAAACCACAGGGUGUGAACAAAGGUCUUGUGGCGGAGAGGCUUCUAACGACAAUGCAAGAGAAAGGGAAGCUUUUGGAUUUCAUUCUCUGCGUCGGUGAUGAUCGGUCCGACGAGGAUAUGUUUGAAGUGAUUAUAGGUGCAAAAGAUGGUCCUGCUUUGUCUCCGGUGGCUGAGAUAUUCGCUUGCACGGUUGGACAAAAGCCAAGCAAAGCUAAAUACUAUUUAGACGACACGGCGGAGAUCAUCAGAAUGCUUGACGGUCUAGCCGCAACUACCUCCGAUCAAACCGCUUCUUCAACCGCUCUUUUUUAA